AUGUCGGCGACGGCCAUCCGCUCCGGCGAGCUCCUCGCGUUUCCCGCCGCGCUGAGGCGUGGCCCGCCCGUGGCUUCUGCCUCGGUGGUCGCGUUCCGGUUGAGGGCGCCAGUGGCCGGGCGCGUGGCGGUCAGGGUUGUCGCGGCAGCGGCAGAGGGGGCUGGGGCGGAGGCGGAGGCGGAGGCGGAAGGGAAGCCGAAGCCGAAGAAGAAGAGGGCAGCGAGCGGGAUCAUGAAGCCUAAGCCGAUUUCUCCGGAGCUAAGGGAGUUUGUCGGAGGCGCGGCGGAGCUGCCCCGGACAGAGGCGCUCAAGAUCAUCUGGGCGCACAUCAAGGGAAACAACCUCCAGGAUCCCGAGAACAAGAAGAUAAUAGUCUGCGACGAGAAACUGAAGAAGAUAUUUGGUGGGCGUGAGCGUGUUGGAUUUCUUGAGAUCUCUGGGCUCCUCAAUCCUCAUUUCCAGAAAUAA